AUGGGCACGGUCCUCUCUCUGUCUCCGGGUUCCCGGAAGGCGAGCCUCUACGACGAUGGUUCUGGAUCCCUGGCGCAUUACACCAGUGUCAGCAAGGGCAGCGGGCAGAAGCCCGAUAAGGGUUUAAAGCGGCACUCCAUGUUUAUCCCUGCGCUGACCUGGAAAAGGCUGGUGGCCUCGACCAAAAAGAAGACCUCAAGGAAAGGAACCGCCAACAGCAAUUACCAGAAAGACGUCGCCCAUUUAAACCACGAGAAUGUGAAAAAGUCCUUAUCCUGUGCCAAUCUCUCCAGCUAUGACAGUCAGCCCCUUGCCCCGCUCACGUCCAAGCAGAUAUCCUCCAUCAAGAAGGUCUCCAACACUACUGGUGGUGGCUCUCCAAAGAGGGUUAUAGUCCAAGCCUCCACCGGAGAACUACUCAAAUGCCUUGGGGAAUUCCUUUGUAGGAGGUGUUACCGGCUGAAACAUUUGUCACCAACAGACCCAAUUCUAUGGCUGCGCAGCGUGGACCGCUCCUUACUUCUUCAAGGCUGGCAAGACCAGGCCUUCGUCACUCCCCCGCCAACGUAGUAUUUGUCUACUUGCUUUGCAGGGAUGUCAUCGACGGGGACUCUGUGGCCACUGAACAUGACUUGCAGGCCACUCUGUUGACCUGCCUGUAUCUCUCCUACUCUUACAUGGGCAAUGAGAUAUCUUACCCUCUCAAGCCUUUCUUGGUGGAAGCCGGCAAGGAUGCCUUCUGGGACCGAUGUCUUUGCAUCAUUGAUGCCAUGAGUGCCAAGAUGUUGAGAAUUAACGCUGACCCACAUUACUUUCACCCAGGUGUUUGCUGACCUAAAAAACGAGGGCAACCGCGAUGAGUUUUCCAGAGUAUUAGACCGGUGA